AUGCUGAGCCGGCUCGGAGCGCUGAAACAGCAGGGCCCAGGGGCUCGGGAGCCCAGCAUUGACCUGCUGGAGGCCUUCGUGGAGCACUGGAAGGGCAUCACGCACUACUACAUUGAAAGCACAGAUGAAAACACCCCCGCCAAGAAAACAGAUAUUCCCUGGCGGCUGAGGCAGAUGUUGGACAUCCUGGUCUACGAGGAGAGGCAGCAGACAGCAGCUGGCGAGGCAGGGCCCUGUCUGGAAUACCUGCUGCAGCACAAAAUCCUGGAGACACUGUGCACGCUGGGCAAGGCUGAGUACCCCCCAGGCAUGCGACAGCAGGUGUUCCAGUUCUUCAGCAAGGUUCUGGCCCAGGUGCAGCACCCCCUCCUGCAUUACCUCAACGUCCACAGGCCUGUGCAGAAGCUUCUCCGACUUGGUGGGACAGUUCCUGGAUCCCAAACAGAAAAGGAGGAGGUGCAGUUCACCACCGUUCUCUGCUCCAAGAUCCAACAGGAUCCAGCCCUGCUCACCUACAUCCUGGAAGGUAAAAAGAUUGUCAGUAGGAAGAAGUCAUCCAAAGAACCCAUCACCCUGCCUAGAGAGGCAGCCAGCAUCCAAGACAAGGACCACCCCCACAGCAAGUCUCCUGACCUGAGUCCCUGUAAGGCCCAGGCCUUGACCGCCCAGCUGCCUGCUGAGACGGAGGAGCCAGAUGGAGGAGUUGGGGAAAGCAACCUGAUCACCUCUCUGAUCGGGUUGUGCAAGAGCAAGAAAGGUCGGGUGGCUCUGAAGGCCCAGGAGAACCUGCUGCUCCUGGUAAGUGUGGCUUCACAAGCAGCUGCCACCUACCUGGUGCACAGCAGCCCUUGCUGCCCUGCCAUCGUCGAACACCUCUGCCAGCUGUACCAGUCCAUGCCCACCUUCCUGGACCCCGCAGACAUUGCCGCUUUAGAGGGCAUCAGCUGGAGGUUGCCCAGUGCCCCGUCUGAUGAGGCUUCCUUCCCUGGCAAGGAGGCCUUGGCUGCCUUUUUGGGCUGGUUUGAUUACUGCGACCAUCUCAUCACAGAGGCACACGUGGUGGUUGCAGACGCCUUGGCAAAGGCUGUAGCUGAGAAAUUAUUCAUGGAGAUUCUGCAGCCCCACCUCCUGCAUGUUUCUGAGCAGAGUGUGCUGACCUCCACCGCCUUGCUCACGGCCAUGCUGCGCCAGCUCCGCUCCCCUGCGCUGCUGCGAGAGGCUGUGGCUUUCCUCCUGGGUGCAGACCCGCAGCCCGCAGCCCCCGAAGAUGGCCCCCGCACUCUGUGCGCUCACCUCAUCGGGCACUGCGAUCACCUCUCUGAUGAGAUCAGCAUCACCACGCUGCGGCUGUUUGAGGAGCUGCUCCAGAAGCCACACGAGCAGGUCCUCCGCAGCCUGGUCCUCUGCAACCUCGAGGGCCGCCAUUAUGUGGCCCGAGGCUCACCUGAGCCCGAGAGCUACGAGGACACCCUAGAUCUGGAGGAAGACCCCUACUUCACGGACGGCUUCCUCAACUCCAGCUUUCAACCCUCUGCAAAGCCUCCCCCAGCCCCUGCCACCAACUCAGAUGGCAAAACAGCAGUGACCGAGAUCGUCAACAGUUUCCUCUGCCUGGUUCCCGAGGAAGCCAAGACCUCAGCUUUCCUAGAGGAGACUGGAUAUGACACGUACGUCCACGAUGCUUAUGGACUGUUCCAGGAGUGCAGCUCCCGAGUCUCCCCUUGGGGCUGGCCCCUCGGUCCCACACCCCUGGACCCCCAUGAGCCUGAACGGCCUUUCUUUGAGGGUCACUUCCUCCGAAUGCUGUUUGACCGCAUGUCCCGGAUUUUGGAACAGCCAUACAGCCUGAACCUGCAAGUGACCUCAGUCCUGUCCCGGCUUGCCCUCUUCCCCCACCCCCUUAUCCAUGAGUAUCUCCUGGAUCCCUACAUCAACCUGGCCCCUGGGUGCAGGAGUCUGUUCUCUGUGCUUGUCAGGGUGAUCGGGGACUUGAUGCAGAGAAUUCAGAGAGUACCUCAGUUCCCAGGCAAACUGCUCCUGGUACGCAAGCAGCUGAUGGGUCAGGUCCCCGGGGAGCAGCUGGACCACCAGACUCUCCUCCAGGGCGUGGUGGUUCUUGAGGAAUUCUGCAAGGAGCUGGCUGCCAUCGCUUUUGUCAAGUUCCCCCCGCACAGUCCUCACCUGCACCUGUCCCCGCCCCAGGAAGGGCACGUCUGA